AUGGACGGCAACCAGACGUGGAUCACAGAAGUGACCCUGCUGGGAUUCCAGGUUGAUCCAGCCCUGGAGUCUUUGCUCUUUGGACUUUUCUCUCUCUUCUACACCCUCACCCUUCUGGGGAAUGGAGUCAUCCUGGGGCUUAUCUGCUUAGACUCUAGACUGCACACCCCCAUGUACUUUUUCCUGUCACACUUGGCCAUAAUUGACAUGUCCUAUGCUUCCAACAAUGUCCCCAAGAUGCUGGCAAAUCUAGUGAGUCAGAAGAGAACCAUCUCCUUUGUUCCUUGCAUUAUGCAGACAUUUUUAUAUCUAGCCUUUGCUCACACAGAGUGCGUGAUUUUGGUGGUGAUGUCCUACGAUCGGUACGUGGCGAUCUGCCACCCCCUCCGUUACACUGUCAUCAUGAGCUGGAGAGUGUGCUCGGUCCUGGCUGCCACUUCCUGGGUGUUUAGCUUCCUCCUGGCUCUGGUCCAUGUGGUUCUCAUCCUGAGACUGCCCUUCUGUGGGCCUCGUGAAAUCAACCACUUCUUCUGUGAAAUCCUGUCUGUCCUCAAGCUGGCCUGUGCUGACACCAGGCUGAACCAAACUGUCAUCUUUUCAGCUUGUGUUUUUAUCUUACUGGGGCCCCUCUGCUUGGUGCUGGUCUCCUACACACGCAUCCUGUUCUCCAUCCUGAGGAUCCAGGCAGCUGAGGGCCGCAGAAAGGCCUUCUCCACCUGCUCCUCCCACCUCUGCGUGGUCGGGCUCUUCUUUGGUAGUGCCAUCGUCAUGUACAUGGCCCCCAAAUCUCAACACCCCGAGGAGCAGCAGAAGGUCCUUUCCCUGUUUUACAGUCUUUUCAACCCUAUGCUGAACCCACUGAUCUACAGCCUGAGGAGUGCAGAGGUCAAGGGUGCCCUGAGGAGAGCGCUGUGGAAGGAGAGGCCAAUGUGAG